CAGCAGUGAGUUCCCGACCUACUGCCACGUGGAGCUAUGAUGACCAUGAGGCUCUCGUACCUGUUCUCCUUCAUCCUGCUGUUCGGAUUGCUGGGAGUGCUGUUCCUCCUCCACGUUCAGGAUCUGAUUGAUGUUUCCCGCCAAGAAACCACAGAAACCGGCCCCCAGGGAAAUCCAGGAGAGCCACAGGGAGCACGAGACUGGGACCACAACGCGGCCACUCAGCCCAUCCUCAUCUCCGACCCUGCGAUAAGCCCCGCCCAACUGUGUACAGACACGCCCCCUCUGCGACAAGCCCCGCCCCCGGGCACGACUCUCCGCGGCCGGAGGCGCAGGCGUAGAAGGAAGGCGCCGGGUGGCGCGAUGUCACCUCAGCGCCGCUUGGGGGCGCCGCAGCUGGAGGACCAGCAGCAAGGCCUGGGGCGGCAGGGACGCGGGCGCCUGAGGGCGGUGCAGGAUGGCCGCCGGCGGCUGGUGGACGAGGCCUGUCUCCAGUACCGCGGUGACGGGAUGUCGGGCUCCAGGCUGCCGGCCCCACACCACGUCUCCCGCAUCUACGUGGAGGACCGGCACCGCCUGCUGUACUGCGAGGUGCCGAAGGCCGGCUGCUCCAACUGGAAGCGGGUGCUGAUGGUGCUGAGCGGCCUGGCCAACUCGCCGGCCCACAUCCAGCACCAGGCCGCACACUACAGCAACUCGCUGCGGCGUCUCGACAGCUACGACCGCGCCGGCAUGGCUCGCCGACUGCGCACCUACACCAAGGCGCUGUUCGUGCGGGAGCCGCUGGAGCGCCUGGUCUCCGCAUUCCGCGACAAGUUCGAGCAGCCCAACACUUACUACCACCCGGUCUUCGGCCGCGCCAUCAUCGCCCGCUACCGGCCCAACGCCACCCGCCAGGCCCUGAGCUCCGGAUCGGGCGUCACCUUCCCCGAGUUCGUGCGCUAUCUGCUGGACCCGCGGCGGCCACUCGGCCUCGACAUACACUGGGAACGCGUCGGUCGCCUCUGCAGCCCCUGCCUUGUCCGCUACGACUUCAUCGGCCGCUUCGAGAACCUGGCGGCCGAGGCUGAGGCGCUCCUGCGCCUGGUCGGGGCCCCCGCCAACCUCACCUUCCCCCGCUUCAAGGACCGGCACCGGCGGGAGGAACGCACCGGGCCGCAACUCAGCCGCCGCUACCUCGCCCAGCUGUCGGCCGACGAGCGCCGCCGCGCACAGGACUUUUACCUGACCGACUAUGCCAUGUUCAACUAUUCGCGGCCCUUCGGCCCAGGGUGAGGGCAAGGGUCGGCGCCAUGGAGAUGGGGGGCGUGACCUGGGGACCAAGUGGGGUAGAGAUGGGAGCGGAGCCUAUGUACUGGAAGCAGAGACAGUGCUGGAGUAACUCAGCGAAUCAGGCAGCAUCUCUGGAGAUAUUUUUUUAUCUCCAGAGAAGUUGCCCGACCGGCCGAGUUCGUGUCUAUCUUUGGUAUGAACCAGCAGCUGCAGUUUCUUUGUUUCUACACGAUGUAUUAGACUAGAGGAUGGGGUAUGCACAGGGAGAGGGGGCUUUAAGGAACAUGCCCAGGCAAGAUUGACUCUUGAGUUUAUACUCCCCAGUCUCCUAAAGGCCCUCCACCGUCCAUUCUGCCCAGUUCUGGAGCAUCCUCACUCAAUUCCAAGGUAAUGCAUCCUAACUCUCGUCACCCAGUGCAAAGCAUUCACAAAGGGUGAGGGUUACACUGGUGAUGGGGACAGGGUAGGAGGGAACACAGCAUUCCACCCCAGUACAGAGCUAUUGCUCCUUUCUCCAAACCUCACAUUUGUUAUUUGUUUAUUAUUGUCCUGUGUACUGAGAUACAAUGAUGAACUUUGCGUGCUAUCCAUUCAAACCAUAUUAUACACGUUCAAACAAGCCAUACAGAAAUACAACAGGUAGUCAUAGUUGUAUAGCAUUGAAAGGAUAAAGUAGGAUUGGAUAGUUUGGGAUUUUUUUUCCCCUUUAGCGUGGGAGGCUGAAGGAUGUCCUUACAGAGGUUUCUAAAAUGGUCAGUCUUUUUUUCCAGGGUUAGGGAAUCUAAAAGUAGAGGGCUCAAAUAGAAGGUGAGAGGAGAAAGAUUAAUAAGGAGCCUGAGGGGCAACAUUUUCCCACAGGGUGGUGAAUAUAUGGAAGGCAGGGGCUACAUGGGUUAGGGCAAGUACAAUUGCAGCAUUUAAAAUACAUUUGGACAGAUAAACGGAUAGGAAGAAUUUGGAGGGAUAUGGGACAAACACAGGUAGGCAACUUGGACCUAAGGGCAUGUUCCCAUGUUAUCUAACUGAUACUUUAAAAUAAUAGGUUUAAGGUGUUUAGGGUACAUGGUAUAGGUAUGGAGGGAAGAAAAUGUAGAUGGAGCGGAGAUUCUGUUGGACUGCCUACGGAAUUGUUCCACAGCUCUCCAGUCCCAGUGAGCUUGCAAAACAGAAUAUCCAUCCUAGGCCCACAGUAUAAUCCCACGUUUAUUCCAGAUUCCACUCUCUUUCUCUGACGCCUCUGUCCCUUCACCUGUUCAACAAUCUUUUGUUGAACCCUCCCCUCCUCUUUGUCUGCCUGAUUUCCCCCAAUCCUAUUUAUUUUAGCCCCAGUCAAUGACCUUCCCAGUGUAUUGUAGUGAGGUCAUCCUUAGUUGCUAAGACUUCGGUGCCUUUUACAAACCCAUACCUGAUCUUGUGGGGAGCUCAUUGCGUGGCUCGUAGUCACUGAUUGAGAGAGUGGGAUGGUUUCAAAUUCAACUUGGGCUGCAUGGAUGAAAGGUUUUGUUGACUAAAUAUCCUUCUGUGAAUUUAACCUCAAAGUGGUCUCAAGCCAGUUUUCCAGUGAAACAUUGGGAGCUGUUGCUGGAACUCUUCAGAGAGUCUACAUUCCAUUUAUUCCUUUUUUCCACAUUUCUAUGUUCUUCUUGGUCUGAUAAGGCAGCUUCACUUUGUAUCCAACCCCUGCUCUUCCUGCUCCAAGCGUGUGCGACGGAAUCAUCGGGCGGAAGCUUCACUCUGUACUUAACAAAGUGUUCUUUUGUCCUUCCUCAGUAGGAACUCUCUGAUCAUUCUGUGCUCCCUUGGUACUUCAUAGAAAUAAAUAUGUUGUGUGCUGUGGAGAGGGAGCUGCACACUGUCUGUUGAACCUGUGAUGGUUAGCUCUGGCUGUAUUGACAUCUCUUGCCUCAUUGACUAUAACAAUUGAAAGACUACGAUGAAAAUGGUAUAAAUAGUUUUGUUUUUCAGGGCUAGUAUUGUGGCAGCGUGGUGACAUUUUAUUUAAGGAUAAGAUAGAGAAUUUAUGGGAAAUAAUUGUAUCGUAGCACAUUAAAUGUGAGUUGUGUGGUUCUGUGACUGGUGUACAUUAGGAGGCUGGACCUUUUAUAACCCAUCAAAUGUGAAUUGUAAAUUUAACUGAGAUUUCUUGUGCAAUAAAUUAUAUUAAAACCUUUUCCAAUAA